UUGGCCAAGGGAUUUGAUCCCAGGCUCAUGCCUGCUCUUUGGACAAGUAGUAUAAGAAGUCAUUUGGAAAAUGGUUUUUGGGACACAAGUCUAGCAAUCCCAUUUCUGUGGGCUAGCUGGGUUGAUCUAAAGAAAAACUUUGUCAAUCCAGGUUUGCUCUUCGACGUUCACGAACUCAAUUGCAAUAAUUUUGCCCAUUUGUUCAGACUUGAGUAUGACAACUUUACACUGUCCUGUGUCAACUAUGCCAAUUCUCCUUCAAGCUACCCCAAAAUGAAGAUCAACUCUACAAUCGAUUUUCCUAUGCCUGUAGAAGCCAGAAGGAUAGUUGGGUCUCUAUACGUACUCCACUAUGCUCCUAUACCGAAAAGAAUUGCAUUUCUUGGAUUAAACCAUUCGGCGCUUAUUGUUCCUACAGAGGAGAUCAAUGCACAUGCGUUGAGCAGAAUGGAUAGGUCAGACUUGGUCCGCAACUACAUGCUUCAAUCCGAUCAGAACACUACAAAACACAUUGGGUCCAUUAAUCUCAAAAACGAGUUAAUACGAUUGAAUGAAACAAUAAACAACUAUACGAAUCUGAUUUCUUUUAUCAGGGACACUGAUCUCAAUACAGAUAUAUUUCGAAGAGUAAGCAAUUUCCGAGACCAGAAUAACCCAGAAAGACAUGAUUUUAUAUUUGAUUUUGAUGUAUUCUAUAACGAUACAAAACAAAGAAUUGUAAACUCAUCUCAGAGCAACAGCAUUAAUGACCUCGAUACAACCUUAAUGUCUUCAAUGAACUAUGAGAUGUUGAACUACCCUAAUUUCACUAAAUACUUUCAUGAAGCCAGUAUCAUAGGAAGUAAGAAAGGUGCCCAUUAUGACUGGCGAUUUUUCCAAAAACUAGAUUACUCCGAUUACGAAAAGAAGGCAAUCUUCCAUAGACUUUCAAGGGCAUGGUUGAGAUUUGCCAACUCUUUGAACAUUUCCACUUGGCUAGCCCAUGGGACUCUACUUGGCUGGUACUGGAACGGCAUCAAUAUGCCAUGGGACGAAGAUCUAGAUGUACAAAUUACGAUGGAAUCGAUGAUUAAACUAGCCCGAAAUUACAACAACACAUUGGUAGUUGAUCUUAGUGAUAUUGACAAUGAUCCCAGUCUUGGAAUCGGAAAAUACUUGGUAGAUAUCAAUCCUAAUUUCUUCUCACGAGACAAAGGUGACGGACAAAACACCAUUGACGCAAGGUUUAUUGAUACUAGCAGCGGAUUUUACGUGGACAUUACAGCUCUAGCGCUAACUGAUUCUGCUGCUGAGGUUACUUUGUCCAGCAAGAAAUCGCGUGAAUUCAACCAAGUUCUUGAUCCUGAAUUCUGUGAAAAGGAAAAGUCAGAAACAAUAGUUCGGAAUAAUCUUAUCGAACAGCUAUCGUCGAUAAGACUGACACUAAUUGAAAAGAAAUCUAUCUAUAAUUGUCGGAACAAUCACUUUUACACUCUUGAUGAUCUUAUACCUUUCAAAAGGACUUUGUUUGAAGGGGCCAUUGCCAACGUCCCAAAAAACUACGAGAAGAUCCUCAAAAGAGAAUACGCCAAAGGACUAUACAACCGUCAAUACGAGGGCCACACGUUCAGACCGGUUCUUGAUUUGUGGGUGCCUUCGAAUAUCUGUAAAAAAGACGAGAUUGGAAAUCGAUGUUUUGACAGAGUCGUAAGCCUAGACGCUAAAUAUUCCAGGCCCAUGACUUCUUUCCAUAGACUGGAGAUGUUUCAGAUAAAUCAAAAGGUUAAUAAGGUUGGAGAAGAAUUAAAACCAUGUAGAGUUGAGCCAUGGAUAAUUAGGCGGGCUCAACAUAUACAGAAAAUGAUGGAGAUGAAGUACGAACUUCUGUAG